AUGUUGCUACGUUCUAUUCAACGUGGUGCCUUCCUCACGUUAGCGUUUGCUUCAAGUGGUUUGGCCUCCAUUGUUUGUAACUCAACCAAUGCUCCACAACCAACUGAAUUCGUAUUUGUAAUUGAUGCAUCUGGAUCUAUGUGUCCGUACAUAACCAACGUCACUGCUGGUGUCCAAACCUUUGCAAACAGUCUAGUUGCCAAGCACGUUGAUGCCCGUUUUGCAGUCGUCGCAUUCGGUGGCAGUCCCACCCUUCUACAACCCUUCACAGCCAACGCCACCCUCCUACAAGCUGCCCUCGCGUCCCUAAACAACUGUAACUAUGGCGGUAACGAAGCCGGUCUCGAAGCACUCCGUAUGGUCCUCCCACCCAAAUCCGGUAUCGACCUCAUCUCCGGCUGUGUGAAUUCCGCCUUUACUGGUGCCAGCUGUAACCUAACAUACCGAUCCGGUGCCGCCAUCCAAGUAAUCAUGGCCACCGAUGAAGACUCUGAUAUCCCAACCAACGUCAACUACAGGCAGUCUGAUCAAGUUACCCAAGUUACCACUAUGUGUGCUAGUCAGCAAUAUACCAGCAAGGGUAACGAGAGUGAUUGUGAUGCUAGUAAUUCUUUUGAGCCAUUGUUUAUAAGUCCAAAGUACUUGUAUGGGUUGAAUUACUAUGUUGGGGGUGGUGGUAAUAUUCAGACUUUAUACCAGUGGUUCCGUAACAGCUCCGCGCCACUUGUCCUACACAACACCUACUACAAGGAAAUCAACGCUACCGCCGAUGUCGUCGCCGCCUCUAACGCCGCCAUCAUGUUGAUGAUGCGCCCAGAUGAAAACGCUAACAGAAACGGUCCUAUUUCUCAAUUCGACAGCACCUCAUACUACUACAACUGGAUGGCCCCGUCAGGAUCAGCCAACGACUCGACCCACACCGCCAUUGCCCAAUACGGACAUCCAUAUGCCAACGUUAUGGGUGCCAACUAUACCAACUUCAACUCUACAGCUACUUUGGCUGCUCUCCGUGCUCGUGGUUUGGGAUCGUCCUUCCAGGCUCAGGUUUUGGCUCGUGGCGGUCUUGCCAAGUUGUUCUCCAUAUCUGACUUUAUCAGUAACAUUAACGUCGUCAACAACUUCUUUACUCAAUCUAUUCAAGUAUCCACUAGUUGUUACACUGUCACUGAUCCAUCUCCAGUUCAACCAUCUCUGACCAGUGCUGCCCCAUCAAUUGCACCAAGCACAGUUGUAGCAUCCCCAGUCAGAACCUCCGCUGCCCCAUCCCCAGUUGCCAGCACUGUCACCUCCGCUGCCCCAUCCCCAGUUGCCAGCACUUUGACCUCAGCUGCUCCAUCCCCAGUCAGGACUUCUGCCGCUCCAUCGCCAGUUGCCAGCACUUUGACUUCAGCUGCUGCUGCAUCUCCAGUCAGAAGUUCAGCUGCUCCUUCGCCAGUUGCUAGUACUUUGACUUCAGCUGUUCCAUCUGCUGCUGCAUCUCCAGUUCACACAUCUGCUGCUCCUUCACCUGCUGCUAGUACUUUGACGUCAGCUGCGCCAUCUGCUGCUCCAUCUGCUGCUGCUUCUCCAGUUAUGGCUUCAGCUGCUCCAUCACCAAUGGCCUCAGCCGUUGUCGCUUCAGCUGCUCCAUCAGUCGCUGCUUCCACCAUUGUCGCUUCAUCAGCACCAAGCGCAACACCCUCUCCCCUUGACACCAACCUAACCCCCGUUCAACCACUAUCACCAGUCUCAUCACCAGUUACCGCAUCCCCAUCAGCAACACCAGACUCUGGUUCCAGCUCGUCCAACAACAUCCCCAUCUACGCUUCCGUCGGAGCUGUUGGUGCCGGUGCUGCCGCCGCUGCAGUCUUCUUUGUCAGACGUCGUUCAGCCCGUCAAAUCCCUGAAGGUGUUUCAGUUGGUGCCUCUAUGGAUGGACUACAAGGUGACUCGCAUAUGAAUCCCUUGUUUGCUACCAGACAGAUGAUGGAAAACCCUUUGUACGAAUCAUCUGGUUCCACUCAAGUUUUGGGAGGUGCCUUUGGUUCUACUGACUCUGUUUAA